AUGAGUCGGCUCUGCCGAAGUGAUACCACUGCCUUACAGAAAACCGGCGCGAAACAAGCAACCAACAAGUUGUGGUUCUCCGUUUCCUUUCGCUCUCCACCAGAUUCAGCAGUGCAGAUUCGGACCCGUAGCCAGGACCGUGAAUCACACGAACCUCCUAACACAACCUCCGACAGGAAAUGUUUGGCUCUCCUAGGUUGGGUAGUCAAGGAACCAGACCCGAGCUUACGGCGCGUAGCGUUCCGCGCGCGCCUCAAAGAGCCAAUAGACCACCACAGACGGGGCCCAACAGGGCUGAUGUUCAGCCGGGGUUGCGAGGUAAGCGCAAUGAGGCACCGCGACCUCGGCCCAGAGCAGGAGAAGGAACGGGCGGUUUUUAGUCACUGCAAGGUUGUGCCGUGUGCAUACAAGCGUGUAAUGUUGUCGGUGUACGUCGCGCUCCAGCCAGGUGAGGCUGUGUCGGAGUGUGCGCGCUGUAGCUGUGUGCGUGAGACAGGUGAAUUAGUGGCACGUCCUGGCUUCCCAGGGCGGCAGAGGAGGCACGAGGGCUCCUUGGAAAUAAUGGAGCAGUGA